UUCGAGUGCCUUCCCCGGGACCUAUGGCCUCACAGUCCUUCCCUACUCCCUUCCCCUCAAAUGUCGGGCAGAGUUGGGGGCUUCCAAGUCCCCACCCUCUCUAACCGCACAGUAAGCGUCUUAACCUUUUUUUGGGGGGGGGGGGGCUACAGAAACCUGUAGAGCUCUCGCCACAGGGACAGAGGUCCCGGGAAGACCCGGGUUUAAACAGUUGCGAAACUUUCAGAGAACUGCGGAUCAGAAACACAACUAGAACUACUGGACUGAAAUAGAUCCCUGCCUUUAAAACUCUUGACUUGGGGCAAUUAAGUAGAGUGGAGCUCAGGUGACAAAUCUGGUUCAUAGUGAUCAAGUGUAGGACUAGGACGGCGCAAGGCUACUUUUUUUUUUUUUUUUCCUCUUGUAAGGAAUGCCAAGUUGGGUGAUGGAAAGAGACGGGGGCAGAAUGAAGAGGACAGGCAGAUACGGAGAAGUGGAGAUGGCUCAGUAGAAAGCGGAGAAGGAAGAGACCAUCAGAGAAAAGGGACAUGGGCCCAAAGAGACCUACACCAAGACCUGGCGAGAGAGAGAUUCCAAACCGGAGACCAAAGUAGGAAAGGGGAAUCGGAGUGGGUGGCUGAGCGCCACCUCAGAGAGAGAGAACUUUCUCUGCUCUCCCUCCUUCUCAGGGAAUCUCUGCUAACCCCACCUCGGGGAGGUGACGCGGACGGCCACCGAUUGCUCCGGCACUGCCGGCGCCUCUGGCCUCCGCCUCCGGCAGCUGGAGGGGCCUAAAGCGGUGAGUCCUGGCACCCGCGGCCGAGGAGGGGACAGGAUCUACAAGGAGGCGGGCCGCCUGCCCCGUUUUCUCCUCCCCUCUCCUCCUCCUGGAGGCGUGCACCUAGGGUAUUUGAGCGCCCGCGGGGGCCCCCGCCCCCUGGCCCCCCAUUCAAGAAGCGGCUCGGCUAACUCAGCCAGCAAAGGGCGCCCGGCGCGCCUCGGAGCGCACGUUCCGCGCCUUCUCCUGCCCGCAGGCUGGACAUUAUGCGGCCGAGCCGCCGAGCCCUAGUCCUCCGCCUCCUUCUCCUCCUCCUGCGGCCCGAGCGCCUCAGCUCACGGCAGGCGGCAGCGUUGCUCAGCGGAGCGCAGACGGGACCCUCUCUGCAGGACCUCAGCGACUCCUAAAGUCAAAAAGUUGGCGGCAGGGCGCCGGGGUUCCGCGCGCUCUCCAAGGCUGCUGCCUCGCGUCGCCGCCAGCCACCAAAGCCGGCAGGAGGGAGGGGGUGGGAGAAGCGGGGGGAGGGGUGAGGAGCACCAUGCAGUUAGUAUCCUGGGCCACACUGCUAACGCUCCUGGUGCCGGACCUGGUUGAGAUGAGGAGCCCUGACUCCGCGGCGGCCGUGCGCAAGGACAGGCUGCACCCGAGGCAAGUGAAAUUAUUAGAGAGUCUGAGCGAAUAUGAGAUCGCGUCUCCCAUCCGAGUGAACCCCCUCGGGGAACCCUUUCCCACGAACGUGCACUUCAAAAGAAGGCGGCGAAGCAUUAACUCUGCCUCUGACCCCUGGCCUGCCUUCGCCUCCUCUUCGUCUUCCUCUACCUCUUCCCAGGAGCACUACCGCCUCUCAGCCUUCGGCCAGCAGUUUCUAUUUAAUCUCACCGCCCAUACCGGAUUUAUCGCUCCACUGUUCACUGUCACCCUCCUUGGAGAGCCAGGGGUAAACCAGACCAAGCUGUAUUCCGAGGAGGAAAUGGAACUUAGGCACUGUUUCUACAAAGGCCAUGUCAAUACCAAGUCCGAGCACACUGCGGUCAUCAGCCUGUGCUCCGGAAUGAUGGGCACGUUCCGCUCUCACGAUGGAGAUUAUUUCAUUGAACCACUGCAGUCUGUGGAUGAGCAAGAGGAUGAAGAGGAACAAAACAAACCCCACAUUAUUUAUAGGCACAGCACCCCUCAGAGGGAACCCUCCACAGGAAAGCAUGCCUGUGCCACCUCAGAACUCAAAAAUAGUCACAGUAAAGACAAGCGGAAAAUCAGAAUGCGAAAACGGAGAAAGAGGAAUAGCCUGGCUGACGACGUGGCACUGCUAAAGAGCGGUUUGGCAACAAAGGUGCUCUCUGGCUAUAGCAACCAGACAAACAGCACAAGGGACAGAUGGAACCACAAAAGAACCAAACGCUUUCUGUCCUACCCACGGUUUGUAGAGGUGAUGGUGGUGGCUGACCACAGGAUGGUUUUAUACCACGGAGCAAACCUUCAACAUUAUAUCUUAACCUUAAUGUCCAUUGUAGCUUCUAUCUAUAAAGACUCAAGUAUUGGAAAUUUAAUUAAUAUUGUUAUUGUGAACUUAGUUGUGAUUCAUAAUGAACAGGAAGGACCUUACAUAAAUUUCAAUGCCCAGACAACAUUAAAGAACUUUUGCCAGUGGCAGCACUCAAAGAACUACUUGGGUGGGAUUCAGCACGACACAGCCGUUCUGGUCACAAGGGAAGAUAUCUGCAGAGCUCAGGACAAAUGUGACACCUUAGGUCUUGCUGAACUGGGAACCAUUUGCGACCCCUACCGAAGCUGUUCCAUUAGUGAAGACAGUGGGCUGAGCACAGCUUUCACAAUAGCUCACGAGCUGGGCCAUGUGUUUAAUAUGCCUCACGAUGACAGCAAUAAAUGCAAAGAAGAAGGAGUUAAGAGUCCCCAGCAUGUCAUGGCACCAACACUGAACUUCUACACCAACCCCUGGAUGUGGUCAAAGUGCAGUCGGAAAUACAUCACUGAGUUCCUAGACACUGGGUACGGAGAGUGCUUGCUGAAUGAACCUGCAUCCAGGACCUAUCCUUUGCCUUCCCAACUGCCCGGCCUUCUCUACAACGUGAAUAAACAAUGUGAACUGAUUUUUGGGCCAGGCUCUCAAGUGUGCCCCUAUAUGAUGCAGUGCAGACGGCUCUGGUGCAAUAAUGUGGAUGGAGCACACAAAGGCUGCAGGACUCAGCACACGCCCUGGGCAGAUGGAACCGAGUGUGAGCCUGGAAAGCACUGCAAGUUUGGAUUUUGUGUUCCCAAAGAAAUGGAGGGCCCUGCAAUUGAUGGAUCCUGGGGAGGUUGGAGCCACUUUGGGACCUGCUCAAGAACGUGUGGAGGAGGCAUCAAAACAGCCAUCAGAGAGUGCAACAGACCAGAGCCAAAAAAUGGUGGGAAGUACUGUGUAGGAAGGAGAAUGAAGUUCAAAUCCUGCAACACGGAGCCCUGCAUGAAGCAGAAGCGAGACUUCCGAGAGGAGCAGUGUGCUCACUUUGAUGGCAAACACUUCAACAUCAAUGGUCUGCUGCCCAGCGUACGCUGGGUUCCUAAGUACAGCGGAAUUUUGAUGAAGGACCGGUGCAAGUUGUUCUGCAGAGUGGCAGGAAACACAGCCUACUACCAGCUCCGAGACAGAGUGAUUGACGGAACCCCCUGUGGCCAGGACACAAAUGACAUCUGUGUCCAAGGCCUUUGCCGGCAAGCUGGAUGUGAUCAUAUUUUAAACUCAAAGGCCCGGAAAGAUAAAUGUGGGAUUUGUGGUGGAGAUAAUUCUUCAUGCAAAACAGUGGCAGGAACAUUUAACACUGUCCAUUAUGGUUACAAUACUGUUGUCCGAAUUCCGGCUGGUGCUACCAGCAUUGACGUGCGUCAGCACAGCUUCUCAGGGAAGUCUGAGGAUGACAACUACCUAGCUUUAUCAAACAGUAAAGGUGAAUUCCUGCUAAAUGGAGACUUUGUUGUCUCCAUGUCCAAAAGGGAGGUCCGCGUGGGGAGCGCCGUCAUUGAGUACAGCGGAUCGGACAAUGUGGUGGAAAGACUGAACUGUACGGACCGUAUCGAGGAAGAACUUCUCCUUCAGGUGUUGUCCGUGGGAAAGCUGUAUAACCCAGAUGUGCGGUACUCAUUCAAUAUUCCCAUUGAGGACAAACCUCAGCAAUUUUACUGGAACAGUCACGGGCCGUGGCAAGCAUGCAGCAAGCCCUGCCAAGGGGAGCGGAGACGAAAACUUGUUUGCACCAGGGAGUCUGAUCAGCUAACCGUUUCUGAUCAAAGAUGUGACCGGCUGCCCCAGCCAGGACCUGUCACUGAAGCGUGCGGCACAGACUGUGACUUGAGGUGGCACGUUGCCAGCAAGAGCGAAUGCAGUGCCCAGUGUGGUUUGGGCUACCGUACUUUAGACAUCCACUGUGCCAAAUACAGCAGGAUGGACGGGAAGACGGAGAAGGUGGAUGACAGUUUCUGUAGCAGUCAACCCAGACCGAGUAACCAGGAGAAAUGCUCAGGAGAGUGCAGCACAGGUGGAUGGCGCUAUUCAGCCUGGACCGAAUGUUCUAGAAGCUGUGAUGGUGGUACCCAGAGAAGAAGAGCAAUUUGUGUCAACACCCGCAAUGAUGUCCUGGAUGACAGCAAAUGCACACACCAGGAGAAAGUCGUAGUACAGAGCUGCAAUGAGUUCUCCUGUCCCCAUUGGAAAACAGGAGACUGGUCAGAGUGCUUGGUCACCUGUGGGAAAGGGCAUAAGCACCGCCAGGUCUGGUGUCAGUUUGGCGAAGAUCGAUUAAGCGAUAGAAUGUGUGACCCUGAGGCCAAGCCGGAGCCCAUGCAGACGUGUCAGCAGCCAGAGUGUGCAGCUUGGCAGGCGGGUCCCUGGGGACAGGACUGUGAAUUAGCAUCUUGCCACCCUUCCAUACUGGCUCUGGAACCAAGGAGAAAUGCACAGAGUAUACCGAGAACCCAGUGGCGAUUUGGGUCUUGGACUCCAUGCUCAGCCACUUGUGGAAAAGGUACCCGGAUGAGAUACGUCAGCUGCCGGGACGAGGACGGCUCUGUGGCUGAUGAGAGUGCCUGUGCUACCUUACCUAAACCAGUAGCCAAGGAAGAGUGUUCUGUGACACCCUGUGGACAGUGGAAGGCUCUAGACUGGAGCUCUUGUUCCGUGACUUGUGGGCAAGGUAAGGCAACCCGACAAGUAGUGUGUGUCAACUACAGCGACCAUGUGAUUGAUCGAAGUGAGUGUGACCCAGAUUACAUCCCCGAGACUGACCAGGACUGCUCCAUGUCACCGUGCCCUCAAUGGACUGGCUUGGCUCACCCAUUUCAAAACGAGGACUUCCGUCCCAGGAGUGACAGCCCUAGCCGCACCCACGUGCUUGGAGGGAACCAGUGGAGAACCGGGCCCUGGGGAGCAUGUUCUAGUACCUGCGCCGGAGGCUCCCAGAGGCGAGUGGUGGUGUGUCAGGAUGAAAACGGAUACACAGCCAAUGACUGUGUAGAGAGAAUCAAACCUGAUGAACAGAGAGCCUGUGAAUCUGGCCCGUGUCCCCAAUGGGCUUACGGCAGCUGGGGAGAGUGUACCAAGCUGUGUGGUGGAGGCAUGCGGACAAGACUGGUGGUCUGUCAGCGGGCCAACGGUGACCGAUUCCCAGACUUGAGUUGUGAAGUCCUGGACAAACCUACUGACCGUGAGCAGUGCAACACACAUGCUUGUCCACAAGAUGCUGCAUGGAGUACUGGCCCAUGGAGCUCGUGUUCUGUCUCUUGUGGUCGAGGGCAUAAACAUCGAAAUGUUUACUGCUUGGCAAAAGAUGGAAGCCAUUUAGAGAGUGAUAACUGUAAGCACCUUCCUAAGCCACAUGGGCACAGAAGGUGCCGAGGAGGACGGUGCCCCAGAUGGAAGGCUGGCGCAUGGAGUCAGUGCUCUGUGUCCUGUGGCCAAGGCGUGCAGCAGAGGCAUGUGGGCUGUCAGAUCGGGACACACAAAGCAGCCAGAGAGAGUGAGUGCAGCUCCUACAGCAGACCAGAGUCGGAGCGUGUCUGCCAAGCCUCACCAUGUCCUCUCUACACUUGGAGGGCAGAGCAGUGGCAACAAUGUACCAAGACGUGUGGCGAAGGCUCCCGGUACCGGCAGGUGGUAUGCGUAGCAGAGGACCAAAGUGAGGUGCACAGCACACACUGUGACUCAGACCAGCGGCCUCCAGACCGUGAGAGCUGCAGCCUACAGCCCUGCGAGUACGUGUGGAUCACAGGAGAAUGGUCUGAGUGCUCAGUGACCUGUGGAAAGGGCUACAGGCAAAGGCUGGUCUCCUGCAGUGAGAUUUAUACCGGCAAGGAGAAUUAUGAAUACAGCUACCAAACCACAGUGAACUGCCCAGGCGCCCAGCCGCCCAGCGUCCAUCCCUGCUACUUGAGGGACUGUCCUGUCUCGGCCACCUGGAGAGUUGGCAACUGGGGCAGUUGCUCAGUGUCCUGCGGCAUAGGAGUCAUGCAUAGAUCUGUGCAGUGUUUAACUAAUGAAGACCAACCCAGCCACUUAUGCCCCACUGAUACGAAGCCAGAAGAAAGAAAAGCCUGCCGCAAUGUUUAUAACUGUGAGCUACCCCAGAACUGCAAGGAGGUAAAAAAACUCAACAGCGCCAGCGUUGAUGGGGAGUAUUUCCUGGCUGUCAGAGGGAAGCCGCUAAAGGUAUUCUGUGCAGGGAUGAAUUCUGACUAUCCCAAGGAGUAUGUGACACUGGCUCACGGUGACUCAGAGAACUUCUCCGAAGUUUAUGGUCACAGAUUGCACAACCCAACAGAAUGUCCCUAUAAUGGGAGCCGGCGAGAUGACUGCCAUUGCCGGAAGGACUACACAGCUGCUGGCUUUUCCAGUUUCCAGAAAAUCCGACUCGACCUGACCAGCAUGCAGAUUAUAACCACUGACUUAGAGUUUGCAAGGACAAGUGAAGGACAUCCUGUUCCUUUUGCCACCGCUGGGGACUGCUACAGUGCUGCCAAAUGUCCACAGGGGCGCUUUAGCAUCAACCUUUAUGGGACUGGGCUGUCUUUAACGGAGUCUGCCAGAUGGACGUCACAAGGGAAUUACGCUGUUUCGGACAUCAAGAAGUCUCCGGAUGGUACCCGGGUCGUAGGGAAAUGCGGCGGUUACUGUGGAAAGUGUACCCCAUCCUCCGGCACUGGCCUGGAGGUGCGAGUUUCAUAACUAAGGGGCUCUGAAGAGGAAGCCAUAGGAGACGGAUGAAGGAUAGUAAUUCAAUACCUCCACCUUGAAUUUGGGUGCAUCUGUGUGCGUGUGUGUGGAUCUGUCUGCGCGUGUGUGUGUGUGUGUGUGUGUGUGUGUGUGAAUGUGUGUGUAUAUGUGUGUACAUAUGCAUAUAUAUAAAUAUAUAUUAUAUAUAUAUAUAUAUACAGGUUGAGCAUCCCUUAUUUAAAAUUUUAAGCUCUGAAAUGCUCCAAAUUCUGAAAACUUUUGAGUGCUAGCAUGAGAUCUCAAAUGGUAAAUUUCAUGCCAUGAAACUUUGCUUCAUACACAAAUUUUUAUAAGUACCAUAUAAAAUUAUAUUUCUGCCAUGCAUGUAAAGUUUCCUAAGAAACAGAAAGGAGACACACAACCCACAUUCUUGGGCAUGGCUUGCUCUCUUCCUGAGUUCCCUACUGCUUAAACCCUACGCUAAAAUCUCCUAGUAAACUACAACUCCGUUCAAAAGGAAGAGGCAUAAAUUAAUAGCAUGUUUAGAUGAGCCCCAUCCCAAAAAGAUCUCAUCUUAAAUAUGAAAAUAUCGCCAAGUCUUCAAAAUGUCUGAAAUACACACUGAUGGUCUCAAGCAUUUCAAUGAGGGAUACUCAACCUGCGGAACACCCUAAUGAUGUAAAGUUUAAUAUUUAUGUUUGAAAUUAUUUAUUGUGAUGUAAUAUUUUUGUACGUAAAAUGAUUUUAUUAUGACUGCCUGUGCAUGAUCCUCCCCCUUGCAGUCAGACAGCUGCAUUUUACGUACUCUACAUUAUAUGUAGUAUAUGACAAAGUGACUCUUCGUUAUCACGGUACACUGUUGUUUACUUUUUACCUGGAAAUGUGUUUUACUGUUACAUUUUGAAAAUUUUUGUAAUUAUUUUUUUAACAACCUAGCUGACAUCAAGGUGCUAUGUGGGUUGAAUAAGGGUAUUUUUGGCAAUUGUGGGGACGUUUCAUUAGCCAAUGAGUAAGUUAGCAACAUCACAGGUUGUACCAACUGUUCAUCAUAGUCUUUAUUCCGUUUCAUGUGAUCUCUGGGAAGAAUUGUGCUGCCUUGGUGCUAAUAUUAUAUGUUUUUAAAGUAAUUGUCAGAGUCAAAACUGUAAACACUUAACAAAAGGGAGCAAGAAAUAGAUUAUCCCCAAUGGAUAAAAUCACUUGCUAGAGUAAGACCUACUAUUUACUCUUCUUUUUAGACCUGUCUUUUUUUUUUUAAUAGUAGCUGGACUCUUGUCUUACUGUUGUUGUUGGUAAUAUGAUCUACUCUGCUCCAUGGUGCCUUGGACUCCUGUCAAUCAUUGGGAGGGUCCACCAAAAGCUUCAUUACAGAGUGACACUGGGAAAGGAGGCUCUCCUGCUGUUUUGUCACGAUAUCCUCCAAGUUUAUGAGCAGCAACACAAAGGAUCUACCACAGGUGUAUGGCCUUAACACCCCUCAGCAUACUCAGAGAACGACAGGAGAUCGACCACCUUUUACCUGAAAACUUUGGCCAAUGAUAUGACUUCCCUUGAGGCUGGGAGCCUAAUACCCUGCCGGGUUUCCUGUGGUCUUCAGCGUUUGUGUGAAAAAACAAACUGGUGUCUAAGAUGCCCAGGUCUUUCUGAUCUUCCACGAAUCCACCUUUUGUUACUUCUUUCAGGAAUGAACGUGCUGAGGCAGUGGUCACAAGACAUUUUACUUGAGAAAGCCUGACCAAGCUUUCCAAGACCAAAGAGAUUAGGAAAACCCUGACAGUAUUCCCCAACUCCACAGAAAUGCCAGAGCACUUGGUGUUUGAACAAGUGUCAUUUUUCUAUUGUUAAUACAUGUGAAACAUAUUAUAAAUAAAUAUUGUGACCACAUCCAAACCAUA